GAAUGUUGCGUUACUUUAUCGUAAAGUUGGUAUGUGAGUCUACACAUUUUGCCAGUAUAUCAAUUCAUCCCGCCUUUUUAACUACGUGCAAUAGUUCUAAAUACAUGUUCUAAUCUGUCACAAUAAUGGCAUCAUCAACGUUAAUACUCGAUAUGGGUGGCGGGUCACUGAAAAUUGGAUUUUCUACUGAUCCUCAUCCAAAGAUUAUUGAUAACUCCAUUUUUAAAUCAAAAACCCUUGGUGGUCGUACAUUUGUUGGGAAUGAAAUUGAACAAUGCAAUAAUUUGUCGAGUUUAUUUUGUGUCAUGCCAUUCAAAAAAGGCUAUAUUAACAACUGGGAGGUUCAGUGUCAAAUCUUAGAUACCACUCUUAAAAGUAUAGUUAAAACAAACUCACAAAAUUCCUUAUCCGAUUGUAAUCUACUUGUCACUGAACCGUAUUUCAAUUUCUCAUCAACUAAAGAAGCUAUGAAUGAAGUGUUCUUUGAAGAUUAUCAAGUAGCUGGUUUGAUUCGUACAAAUCCUGCAUUUUUAAGCGCUUACAAAUAUCGAAGUGAAUCAGCUCAACGUCUUUCAAGAUAUUGUGUAGUUAUUGAUUCUGGUUACUCAUUUACACAUAUUGUACCGAUGGCUGAUGGAUUUGUUAUGAAAGAUUUUGUCAUACGGCUUACAGUUGGUGGUAAAAUUCUAACAAAUUGUUUAAUUGAAGCUGUAUCCUAUCGACAUUUAGAUGUUCGAAGUGAAAUAUACAUAAUGAAUCAAUGCAAAGAAGAUGUAUGUUAUGUAUCUACUGACUUUUGGCGAGAUAUGAACAUUUCUCGAUCAAAUCAAAAAUCAAAUAGCAUUUUAAGGGAAUAUGUACUGCCAAACUAUGUAGAUGUACACCGUGGAUAUGUUCGCGAUCCUAAUGCAGUGAUUGCUGGGAGUAGUGGUAAUGAUAAAUCAGAACAACGGGCUUCCAAUAUAUCACAGCAAGGAUAUGUAUUACGUUUGAAUAAUGAGCGUUUUACAGUUCCAGAAUUAAUUUUUCAUCCAUCUGAUGUGGGUUAUCAAGAAAUGGGACUUACAGAAGCUAUCCAGUACUUGAUGAAUGAACGGUUACCUGCUGCAGUAAGGCCAGGAGCUUGGGCAAAUGUUAUGGUUAUGGGUGGCAAUGCAUGUUUUCCAGGAUUUGUGGAACGAUUACAAAAAGAUAUUCGUACUCAAGCACCUGACGAUCUUCCGGUAAAUGUUUUUAAACCUCCAAAUCCUCAAACCUACGCUUGGGAAGGUGGUGUUUUGCUUUGUCAAAAUUCAGAUUCAUUCAAUCACUUCUUAGUGACACGCAAAGAAUAUGAAGAGCAAGGAUCUAGUUAUUGUGAAAAACGAUUUCCUACUUCGUGAAUUUCUAUUCCUGUUUAUGCUUUUGUACAUUGAGACAAAUAAUAAAUAUGUAUAAAUUUAUUCAGUAUUUAUAUAUAUAUAUGUAUAGAGAGAGAGAGAGAGAAAUAAUAAUAAUGAUAACAAUACACAAUUUUGUUCUUAUAUUCUAAUCAUCACUGUUCGUAGUAUGCCAUUUCGGUUAAACAAAACACAUCAUAAAAACAAUGUCUAAAAUGGUAAUUGAAAUUAGAAAAAUGUUCACUUUGAAGAAAUAAAACAAAAUUGAGAAUAUCAUUAUUAGGUUUAUGCAAAAAAAAAAAGAAAAAAGAAACAGUGUAAGAAAACAAAAAUCAUCUUUCACAAAUAAAAUAAACAUUUUCAUGCAAGUAGUGAAUACGUGUGGGCUGACACAGAGAGAGGGAUACUCCGACACACAUCAGUUCUGAAUGGAGUACAUACAACAUGAGAAACUUAUAUAAUUCGUUGAUAACAGAGAUACGUAACAUGAUCUCCGUUUUGUGAACUAGAACCAUUAUUACUAUAAAUAUGUAUAUAUAUAUAAAAUGUAAAUGAAUCGUAGCCGUGGUGUCAGUAGGUGACAGAAAAGAUUGGUGAGAAACUAUCAUUUUGAAAAAUACUAAACAAGACAUUUUUACAUGCAACUUUUCUUCAGACAAGAAAACAAAAGAACAAUUCAAAAUAUACUUGUAUAAUGCAAUGGUUAUAGUUAGAAAUUAUUAAUUCGAACAAUAAAG